UGCGCGGGGCGGGCGGCGAUGGCGGCGGCGCGGGCCCGCGCAGAUUGCAGUUCCGGAAGAUAGACACCCGGGCGGUUCUACCUUCUGCCAUGGCUCAGUUUGGAGGACAGAAAAAUCCCCCUUGGGCUACUCAGUUUACAGCCACGGCGGUGUCUCAGCCAGCUGCCCUGGGCGUGCAGCAGCCCUCGCUGCUGGGAGCCUCCCCGACCAUCUACACGCAGCAGACGGCGCUGGCAGCCGCGGGGCUGACCACGCAGAGCCCCGCCAACUACCAGCUGAGCCAGAGCGCCGCGCUCCAGCAGCAGGCGGCAGCCGCGGCCGCGGCCCUGCAGCAGGUAAAGCACCCACCGCGGCCGGCGCUGCCCGAACUGCGGCCGGCUAAAGGACCCAGGAGGAAAGGAGAAUGGCAAAUGCAAUAUUCACAACCUCAACAGACUCUCUAUAGUGUACAGCAACAGUUGCAGCAACCUCAGCAGACCCUUUUAACUCAGCCGGCGGUGGCGCUGCCCACCAGCCUGAGCCUGUCCACGCCGCAGCCGGCGGCGCAGAUCACCGUGUCCUACCCCGCCCCUCGCUCCAGCCAGCAGCAAACCCAGCCCCAGAAGCAGCGGGUCUUCACGGGAGUGGUCACCAAGCUGCAUGACACCUUCGGCUUUGUGGAUGAAGAUGUCUUUUUUCAGCUUAGCGCUGUCAAAGGCAAGACCCCUCAGGUGGGUGACAGAGUUCUGGUAGAAGCCACGUACAACCCCAACAUGCCGUUCAAAUGGAACGCCCAGAGGAUCCAGACCCUGCCCAACCAGAACCAGAGCCAGGCGCAGCCGCUGCUGAAGACGCCGCCGGCCGUGCUGCAGCCCCUGGCCCAGCAGACCUUCGGUGUGCAGGCACAGCCACAGCCACAGUCCCUGCUGCAGGCGCAGAUCUCUGCAGCCUCCAUCACACCCCUGCUCCAGACACAGCCUCAGCCCCUGCUGCAGCAGCCACAGCAGAAAGGUGGUUUGCUGCAGCCCCCAGUCCGUCUGGUUUCACAGCCACAGCCAGCUCGAAGACUCGACCCACCAUCCAGAUUUUCUGGCAGGAAUGACCGAGGUGGAGACCCCAUGCCAAACCGAAAGGAUGACAGGAGCCGAGAGCGGGAGCGGGAGCGGCGCCGGUCCCGGGAGAGGUCCCCGCAGAGGAAGCGCUCGCGGGAGCGAUCGCCGCGGCGGGACCGGGAGCGCUCCCCGCGCCGCCCGCGCCGCGUGCUGCCCCGCUACACCGUGCAGUUCUCCAAGUUCUCCUUGGACUGCCGUAGCUGUGAUAUGAUGGAGCUGAGGAGGCGUUACCAGAACCUGUACAUCCCCAGCGACUUCUUUGAUGCUCAGUUCACGUGGGUGGAUGCUUUCCCUAUGUCCAGACCCUUUCAGCUGGGAAACUACUGCAAUUUCUACGUAAUGCAUAGAGAAGUAGAUCCUAUCGAUAAGAACGCUGCUGUCCUCGAUCCACCUGAUGCUGAUCAUCUCUACAGUGCUAAGGUGAUGCUGAUGGCCAGUCCCAGCAUGGAAGAUCUCUACCACAAGUCCUGUGCUCUGGCUGAGGAUCCCCAAGAGCUUCGGGAUGGAUUUCAGCAUCCUGCUAGACUUGUAAAGUUUUUAGUGGGUAUGAAAGGCAAAGAUGAAGCUAUGGCUAUUGGAGGACACUGGUCCCCCUCACUGGACGGGCCUGACCCAGAAAAGGACCCCUCGGUGCUGAUAAAGACGGCAAUUCGCUGUUGCAAGGCUCUUACAGGGAUUGACUUAAGUGUGUGCACGCAAUGGUACCGUUUUGCAGAGAUUCGCUACCAUCGCCCUGAGGAGACCCACAAGGGGCGUACGGUUCCAGCUCAUGUGGAGACAGUGGUUUUAUUUUUCCCGGAUGUUUGGCAUUGCCUUCCCACCCGCUCAGAGUGGGAAACCCUCUCCCGAGGAUACAAGCAGCAGCUGGUCGAGAAGCUUCAGGGUGAACGCAAGGAGGCUGAUGGAGAACAGGAUGAAGAGGAAAAGGAUGAUGGGGAAGCUAAAGAGAUCUCUACGCCUACACACUGGUCUAAACUGGAUCCAAAAACAAUGAAGGUGAAUGACCUUCGCAAAGAGUUAGAGAGUCGAACCCUCAGCUCCAAGGGACUGAAAUCCCAGCUGAUAGCUCGGCUGACAAAGCAGCUCAAAGUAGAGGAGCAAAAAGAAGAGCAAAAGGAGCUGGAGAAGUCUGAGAAAGAAGAGGAAGAGGAGGAGGAUAGGAAAUCUGAAGAUGAUAAAGAGGAGGAGGAGAGGAAGCGGCAGGAGGAGCUGGAGCGGCAGCGGCGCGAGCGGCGCUACAUCCUGCCCGACGAGCCGGCCAUCAUCGUGCACCCCAACUGGGCGGCCAAGAGCGGCAAGUUCGACUGCAGCAUCAUGUCCCUGAGCGUGCUGCUGGACUACAGGCUGGAGGACAACAAGGAGCACUCCUUCGAGGUAUCAUUGUUUGCAGAACUCUUCAAUGAAAUGCUUCAGAGAGAUUUUGGUGUCAGAAUUUACAAAGCACUGAUUUCUCUCCCAGAGAGAGAGGACAAAAAGGACAAAAAAAGCAAAAAAGAUGAGAGAAAAGAAAAGAAAGAAGAAAAAGAUGAUGAAACAGAUGAUCCAAAACCUAAAAGAAGAAAAUCUGGAGACGAUAAAGAUAAAAAAGAAGAGAGAGAUGAAAAGAAGAGGGAAGAUAAAAGGAAAGAUGAUUCUAAAGAGGAAGAAGAAACAGAAGAGGACAAUAAUCAAGAAGAAUACGAUCCAAUGGAGGCAGAAGAGGCUGAAGAUGAAGAUGAAGAUCGGGACGAAGAGGAGAUGAACAAACGGGAGGACAGAAAAGAGGGAAAUAAACAUUGCAAAGAGAGGGCAUCCAAAGAUAAAGAGAAAGACAAGACCCAGAUGGUGACUGUUAACAGGGAUCUCCUGAUGGCUUUUGUUUAUUUUGAUCAAAGUCAUUGUGGAUACCUGCUGGAGAAGGACAUGGAGGAGAUCCUGUACACUCUUGGACUUCACCUGUCACGGGCUCAGGUCAAGAAGCUGCUCAAUAAAGUAGUGCUUCGAGAAUCUUGCUUUUACAGAAGACUAACAGACACUUCUAAAGAUGAGGAAAACCAAGAGGAGUCCCAAGAGCUACAGGAAGAUAUGCUAGGGAACCGGCUGCUGCUGCCAUCCCCCACGGUGAAGCAGGAGUGCAAGGCUGUGGAGGAGAACGUGGGGCUCAUCGUGUACAACGGGGCCAUGGUGGACGUGGGCAGCCUCCUGCAGAAGCUGGAGAAGAGCGAAAGGGUGCGGGCAGAGAUUGAGCAAAAGCUGCAGCUGCUGGAGGAAAAAACAGAUGAGGAUGAGAAAACGAUUCUACAACUGGAGAAUUCUAACAAAACUCUGUCUGCGGAGCUGAAAGAAGUAAAAAAGGACCUUGGCCAACUGCAAGAAAAUUUGAAGACCUCAGAUGAUAAAAAAUUGCAAUUUGAGGGUCAGCUGAAUAAGACAAUCAAAAAUUUAGCUACUGUUAUGGAUGAAAUACAGAGUGUUCUCAAACAGGACGUGGUGAAGAACGAAGAUAAAGAUCAGAAAUCCAAAGAGAACGGAGCAAACGUAUGAUAAACUGCUGCUGUUAGAAGAAUGGUG